AUGGAAGGCCAGGGAUUUCCAGUAGCAGGACCUUCACGCCAAGAAAAAAACGCCUGGACAAGAGAAAGCGUUGACAUCCUCAAGAGAGCCGGGGUUGAUUUCGGGAAACAGAAGAAGGAGGGUAUCGACAUACGACGCUUUGCCAACCUCUUUGUUCAAUCUCCACUGUUUCGAUCUCUCCGCAUAACGUGGAUUACUUUCCAUGGGGGAUACGAUGUGCUGUACCUCCUGAAGAUGGUGGGCCCUGGACUCCAGUACGACAAGCGCGUAUUCAACGAGGUGGUGUCCCACUACUUCCCCAUCAUCUUGGAUGUAAAGUACCUGAGCGCAUGGGUAUGGGGGCCUGAAGCGACGAGGAAAGGACUGCAGAGGAUCGCCGACAUACUUCAGGUGCCUAGGAUAGGGAAGCAACACCAGGCAGGGAGUGACUCGCACCUGACUGGUCAGGUGUUCUUCGUUAUCCUGUACACGCUCCUGUAUGGAAUUGUAGACAUAGGACUACUGGGGAAGGUGUACCCAGUGUGGACGGCGAGAUAG